GCAGCCGGUGAGUGCGAGGGGGCUGGCUGCACCGACCGCACAGCGACCCCGGGCCGGGAAGUCGGCGGGGGCCGGGCCGCCCUCCGCUCCGACCCCGGCGGCCCAGACCCGCCCGCCGGCCCGCGCGGCCUGCGGCUGCGGGGCGCGCAGUCGCACUGCUUCCGCCUUCCACCAAUCUCGGUCCUCGACGCGUUCCGUUCGUGCGCGGCGGAGCUGGGCGGGAGGAGAGGCCGCCGUGGCCGGGCUGCGGCGUGAAGAGCGGCGGGGCCCAGCGCCGGCGCGGAUGGAGGACUCGCAGCUGUUCUGCGUGGCCGAGGAGCGCAGCGGCCACUGCGCGGUGGUGGACGGCAGCCGCCUCUACGUGUGGGGGGGCUACGUGUUGGUGCAGUAUCAGGAAAAUUAGAAGUAACCUUUGAGUGCCUACUAUACCUGAUCUUUUUGAACAGAAGAUAGCUGAAAGGCUCUGGAAUCUGAAGGUAAUCCAAACCAGUAGUCAAUAGUUAAGAGUAAUGAUCAGAUGAUUCCAGAUUGUUAUGUUCCAAUCACAAUUUUCCCUAUUUGUUUAAAUUGACAAACAUAUAUCCUAAAACUUUAAAAAAGUAAUUCUUUAUUAUUGAAAGUAUUACACAUGUCACCUUUUCCCCCCCAUUGGUCCCCUCCAGCCCGCCCCAGCUCCCCACCCCAGGCCCUCACCACCCCAUUGUCUGUGUCCAUGGGCCAUGCAUAUAUGCAUACAAGGUCCUUGGUUGAUUAACUCCCACCCACCCACUCUCCCCACUUUCCCUCCAAGAUUCCACACUGUGUUCCAUGCUUCCAUGUCUCUGGAUCCACUCCCUUCAUCAGUUUAUUUUGUUACUUAGAUUCCACAUAAGGGUGAGAUCAUGGGAUACUUGUCUUUCUCUGACUGACUUAUUUCACUUAGCAUGAUACUGUCCAGGUGCCUCCAUGCUGUCUCAAAGGUCUAUUGAAGACAAUGAAGUAUAUGUGCCUAAUGAUGAAAUUUGGACCUAUGAUAUUGAUAGUGGGUUGUGGACAAUGCACCUCAUGGAAGGAGAACUCCCUACCUCCAUGUCAGGAAGUUGUGGUGCUUGCAUUAAUGGAAAGCUCUACGUUUUUGGAGGAUAUGAUGACAAAGGAUACAGCAAUCGACUUUAUUUUGUUAAUUUGAGAACCAGAGAUGGAACCUAUGUUUGGGAAAAAAUCACCAACUUUGAAGGAAAACCACCCACACCACGUGAUAAACUUUCUUGCUGGGUAUAUAAAGACAGAUUAAUAUAUUUUGGUGGCUAUGGGUGUAGGAGACACAAUGAACUCCAAGACUGUUUUGAUGUUCAUGAUGCAUCUUGGGAAGAGCAGAUAUUCUGGGGUUGGCAUAAUGAUGUUCAUGUAUUUGACACAAAGACACAGAAUUGGUUUCAACCAGAAAUUAAAGGUGGAGUCCCACCACAGCCACGAGCCGCACAUGCCUGUGCAGUUCUUGGAAAUAAGGGCUAUAUCUUUGGUGGACGUGUUUUGCAAACUAGGAUGAAUGAUUUGCACUAUCUAAACUUAGAUACCUGGAUUUGGUCUGGAAGGAUUCCUAUUAAUGGAGAAAGCCCUAAACAUCGAUCAUGGCAUACUCUAACACCAAUAGCUGAUGAUAAGCUUUUCUUAUUUGGUGGACUAAGUGCGGACAAUAUUCCAUUAAGUGAUGGUUGGAUUCAUAAUGUCAUAACAAAUUGUUGGAAACAACUGACAUAUUUACCUAAAACAAGACCCAGGUUAUGGCACACAGCCUGUUUGGGAAAAGAAAAUGAAAUAAUGGUAUUUGGUGGGAGCAAAGAUGAUUUACUUUCCUUGGAUACAGGUCACUGUAAUGAUUUGUUGAUCUUUCAAACACAGCCUUAUUCACUACUCAGGUCAUGCCUUGACUGCAUUGGUAAAAAUGCUAUAAUUUUAGAAAGUCAAAUAUCUUCAUUACCUCCUAAACUUCUUCAACAAGCACUCAAAAAAAUCACAUUUUGGACUGCAGCUAACCACCGAGAAGAACAAAGAGCCCAAAAAGAAGAAACAGAAAAUAAGUAUCAGUGGAUCAGUAACAAUUAAGUUGUUAUAUACUUUAUAUGUUUAAUAUGUUUAACAUUUUAAUCAGACUGUAUAUUUACUCCCCAAAUUGGAGGCUUUAUUUAGAAGAUAAAAUUGAAGCAAAAAUGUUAUGUUAAAGUGAUUACAUGGAAUGGGAUAUAUGGGAAUGAGAUGUUAAUAGCAGAUUAAUUUAUAUUUCUAGAAUAAUUUCCUUAUAAGCUACAGAAAAAAAAUAAGCUUUCUGAAAGUAAUUACAAUUGUAGGCAAUUUUAACUCACUGUGUACUCAUUGCUGGAAAGAUUAUACAUAUUUGAGGAGAAUAAGAAAUUACCCAAGGACUUUAGAAAUCCCUCAAUAUAAUGAUACAUAAAAACACUGUAUAUCAACUUUUAGAUAGAAUAGAUUCUCUCAAGUCACUAUAAAAUUACCUAAAUCUUCUCAUUAAAUAAUUCAGUUAUUUAAAUAACAUCUUCUUAAAUUACUAAUAUAGCUGGCCAAAAUUAUAAAGUAGACAAACACUGCUAUGGUGUUAAAUGUGGAACCCCCACCCUUUUAGCACUUAUCUAGUAAAGAAUUCUUAAGCAUCAUUGUACUUUUCCUUUUUCUUGUCAUAAGUGUUCGUCAAACCUUUAUUUGAGUCGGGGAAUAAAUGCAUUCAAUUGCUUUCUGUUACCCCUAAGUUAUUAGUUUGUCCAAUUUUAUAUGUACAAAGACCAUAUUUUAAAGUGCCUAAAGUGGAGGUUUAUUUGUCAUCCAGGCUCUGAAAUAUUGAGAAGCAGUAUAAUUAUUAAGUUUUGAGGCACAUUAAAAUAUAGUUUGCCUUGGAAGAGUGCAUCUAAAGUGAUUUUUAUAAAUAAUGAAAUGGAAUGGUAAUCUAGUAAGUUGCCUUUAUUGAAACCCCUCAGUUUGGUCCACACCAUUCUACAAAGUUGUUGCUUAAGGAUAUUGAAAAUAUGUUAUCUUCCCAUUCAUUUUCAGUAUUAACUGCUUAUACAGAAAUAAAACACUAUAGCUUAUAUUCCUUAAGAGUACUUUUGCCCUAAUUAAGAAAUUGUUCAUAUUAUUACAGCAUACCCUUCCAGUGAAUUACUAAUAAUGAUGUAUUACUCAAAGGCUUGGUUAUAAAAUUACUCUCCACAAUACCACCAUACAAGUUAUUUCUGAAAUUCAAAAUGUUAGAGCAACUAUAUUUCUCUAUUGAAAUAUGUAUGUAAUAUAUAAUGAAAAUUAUAGUCAUUUAUAGUACCUCAUUAAAUUUUAGAGAUAUAUUUUAUAUAUAUUGUAUUUUGAUGUGUAAAACUUCUAUUUAUGUAUUGAGAUAGUGUGUGUUUACAUUUUAUUUAUUAUAUGAACUAUGUAGAUUUACUAUUUUUCCAGUUUUGUUCAUGUGAACCAGUCAUUAGAGUUGAUUGUACAAACAAUAUUUCAGUGUAAGUUUUCAUUUUUUCUUAACUAUUUUUAGACUAAAUAAAAUUUAGAAAAUGAAUCGCACAGGCAAUGUACAGCUUACAAGUAUUUUAUUACAAUGAGUUUCAGUAUCAGCCUUUCACAUUUAAGGGGAAAUUAUCAAAACCUAUUGGAUAGUGGUAGAUGACACUGAGUGGGAUGAAUACUUUUUAAUAUAGCUUCUGGGUUACUAGUAUACGAAUGCCUUCUCUAGCCUCUUAGAAAAGCACUUCCGGUUUUAAAUGGUUUACUUAGAGCGUUAAAAGUUGGAUUAGCCCCUCAAAUGCACACCAACAUGUAGGCUUCAAGAGAAUGAAAAUCUAUAUAUUAUCUAUGGCACACAUAACUAGUGCUGUACUUAUUUGAUCUAAUAUACUGUACUACUUCAAAAAUUAUAAGUCUUGAGAUAGUCCCAUAGUGAGAGUGACAGGGAAUUCUGAUCUUUAACUUGUCUCUGUAACUUGGCUUAAAACGGGGCCCUCCUGCUAUUCGGAGAUGGAGAGGGUCUGGGAGCUGGCAAAGCCAGUUUUGAAGUGUGAUAGCCAAGCAGUAUUCAUUCCUCACUUUUCAACAGCUGAUGGUUUACUGUCAACUUUUGUGUUGUUGACCUCCACAGUAUACAGGAGCCCAAGGCAAUACAGCUUCAGCUUCAUAACAUUAGCUCUGAACUCUCCCUGUGGACUUUCUGUUUGAAAGAUGGGUCUAGCCCACUGGCUGCUCUGAAAAGCCAUCUUUGCAUGUUCCUGUGGCUCCCUCUCCGCUCCACCAAACGACGGGAAAAUCAGACAUUUUGGGGGCCGGCAGUCUGAAUCUGCGCCAGUAACCUAAUG